AUGAACAAAAUCGGGCCAACGGUGAACAACUCCCAAGAUACAGGUAUCAAAAUGUGGAUUCGAGGAAUAUUCUUCAGCCUGGUGAAUAUCCUGGCUUUGUCCACAGCCAUUAUAGAUAUCAUGCCACGCUUGCCACAUAUCAUACCACAACCCAAGUUUGUGGUCAUAGAGGGUGAUGUAUACAUUGUGGCAGUAUUUGCCUUAACAGAAGAAGGAUGUACAGGCAUACGCACAAACUCCGGUUACCAGUACACAGAUGCUGUCGCAUUUGCUCUAAAAAAAGUCAAUAGACAAAAGGGACAGUUUGCCGAGUUGGAUGUCAAAAUUGGUGCUAUCAUUAUGGAUGACUGUAAAGAUGCUGAACGUGGAACUCAAAUGGUUAAAGAAUUCUUAAGGGGCUAUAUAAAGAUAAAUGAUCCAACAGGCAAGCCAAUUAAUUCUUCAUUGGUUGUUGGAGUUGUUGGAUCAUCUAACAGUGAUAAAACAAUACAACUUGCUGAUUACUUGAAGACUGAAAAGACAGCUUUAGUAGCACCAUUUGCAUCAAGCCCAAAAUUAAGCAACAGAACCAGGUUCCCUUAUUUUGUUAGAACCAUACCAUCAGAUGACAAGCAGGGUCCUGCCCUGGCAGCCAUGUUGAUCCGUGUGGGUUGGUUUAAUGUGCAUGUCAUCAUUGAAGAUGGGUCAACAUAUGCAAGUGACUUGGAAAUGCAGUUCAGGACAGAAUUUUUACGAGAAGGGGGGUGUAUAUCAACUAGUCAUUUUCUUCAGAUUCAAUCAAAUUCAUCAAAUGCAGAAGCAAUCAUUUUAGCAAUUGCGGGAAACACCUCAAAGACGGAUGUAGUUCUGGUUUUAGGAAGGUUAAAUGUAUUGAGAAGCAUACUAGAAGCAAAGAAAUCGCAUAUUACAGAUAAAAAAGUCAAACGUUUAGUAUUUGUUGGAUCAGAGACAUGGGGGAAAUCGGAACAUGUGGUCCAAGGUCACGAAGAUGCUGCUAAAGGGUCAAUAUCUGUUUCUUUAUAUGGAGAGAAUGUUGCAGCUUUUGAUGCAUUUAUGGCAACUCUCAGAUAUGGGUGUUGUCCAUCCAAUCCUUUCUUCAACAAGUACUUUGAAGCUAUGCACAAAUGUCAAAACACUACCUGCCCUACCAAGGGAAGCGUAACAGAACUUGAAGAGUAUAGUCAAAGCACCUAUGUAAAGCAUGUGAUAAAUGCUGUGUAUGCACUCAGUAUAGCUACCAUGAAGAGACUAACAGAGAAAUGUGGGUCAAGAGCCAUGGCUGUAUGUCCUGAAUUUGGAACAGCAUUCGGAGAAGAGAUUAUUCAAACAAUGGGAAAUAUGUCCUUCAAGGAUGUCAAUGGCCAGAACUUUGAGAUACGUGAUUGGGAGAGUGUUAAUGGUUAUGAUAUUUUCUACUGGAAAGCAGAUGGGACUCCACGAAAGAUUGGUGAAUUAACCUCUAAAGGUGCUUCUCUUGAGAAUAAUGCAAAGUGUUUCCCAGAUGGUAAUUUCUAUGACAAUGACUCAAUGCCAGAAUCCAAGUGUCCAAACAGUGAGUACUACUGCAAAAAGUGUAAACAUGGUACAAAUCUGUUUUCAAAAUGCAAAGGCUGCAAACAGAGAAAGAUGGAAGGAUACCAAAAAUGUGUCACAUGUGUGAUACAUGGCAAAUGCAAAUACAAAUGCUUCAACUGUAUGAAAUAAUGAAUUGUUAGUGAAUAAAGACUUUGAAUGAUUGGCAAUCACACAUUUGGAGAUUCUCACUUCGUGCUGAUGAAGUAUUCUGUGCUUGAAUACCAAAUAACAAGCUAUAUUAACUGAUAUCAAGCAAUAUUAACUGAGAACGUUUGGGUUCUGGUUGUAUGAAACUAUAAAUUCUGUGUAUGGUCACUAUGCAGAAAAUUUGACAAGCAUUGAUAUGACAAUAUUCUGGUUCCUCUUCAACCAUAUGACUGAACGAAACACAAUAUGAUAAAUACCACUAUUUUUUAUCAAAAAAAAAAAAUGGCAAAAUUCAUCACAGAUUUUGGUAUGAGAUAUGGAGCAUUCAAUUACUUAAGUCACUUUACAGAACAUGGGAAGUAGUAUGUCAUUUAUGUCCGGUGGUGACAUCUUUCUGUGGAAACAAUAGUUAUGCUUCAACCAACAUAUCGUUUUUAGAUAUGAGACAACUGAAUUAUAGCUUCUAAACCUAUGAUUAAUUUCUCAUCCAUCACAACAUAGCUUGUAUUUUAUAGACAGCAUAUGUUAUGUUUCAUGUUAAAAGCCAAUAAUUCCACUACAGAUUAUUUUAAUGCUUAUAUUAGUUGCAUUCAUGUACCACUCGUAUCAAUAUAGGUAAAGUCCUUAACAUAUCGUGGGAGGGGAUACAAAACAGUUAUAUUCUGAUUUGGAUACUUUAUUUACAUAUAAUACGUUUACUUUUCUAAAAUUGAAUAUAUCAUGCUGUCUCUUAACUAUGAUCUGAGUGACUGGCAAUUUAACCUAUGGAGGACUUCACAUUUUUCAAAAAAAGGUUUUGGACUUUAAUGCGAUAAAUUGAGUUUUUGGAAUCAGUACAAUAUGCUAGUUUUAUAUACUGAUACUGAUGGUUAUUUAGCAAACAAAUCAUGUUAAUUGGUGAUGAGAAUAACUAAUGUACUAUGCCUGAGGAAUAAAGCCUUUCGUUUAUAGCUUAAAAAUCUUGUUGAUCAUUUUUAAUGACAU